AUGGAAAUAGCGACUGUAGCCAAUGACAGUAAAGCAAAAGAAAAAUGCUUCAUAUGUGAGGUAUGCGAAAAGCAAUUCAGUCAUGCAAACAUUCUGAAACGUCAUAUAAGGACACAUACCGGCGAAAAAAACUACAUAUGUGAGGUAUGCGAUAAGCGAUUCGGACGUGCAAACACUCUGAAAUGUCAUAUGAGGAUACAUACCGGCGAAAAAAACUACACAUGUAAGGUAUGCAAAAAAGCAUUCAGACAGUCCAGCCAUCUGAAGAAACACGAAUUGAUGCACAGAAACGCACUACCAUUCAAAUGUAAGCAAUGCGGUAAGAAUUUCACUCGAGAAUAUUAUCUGAAUGAACACAUGAAAAUACACAAAAGUUCGGGUGAAAAGCUGUAUUCUACAUCGGACGAUCUGAAUCGAAACAAAUCGAUGCACGAGGAAGUACGACCAUUCAAAUGCGAAGUGUGCGAUAAAUUAUUUAAAAAGCUUCACCAUCUGAAAAACCAUGUGAAGACACAUUGGGACGGAAAGAUGCUGAAAUGCAACGAAUGCGAUAAAAUAUUCAAAUAUCUUUCAAAUCUGCAGCGACAUAAAUUGACGCACGGCAACGUGCGAUUUGAAUGUAAGCAAUGUGGUAAGAAUUUCACUCGAAAGCAUAAUUUGAGGGAACACAUGAAAAUACAUAAAAGUUCGAGUGAAAAGCUGUAUUCGACAGUGAGUUCCUUGAUGACAUCGAUAGCAGAAGAUAUCAUUGACACGGAAAUAUUAAUAAUGGAAAUUCUUGAAUCCACAGGUAUAUAA